AUGGCGAGUUUCUUCGAUCUCAAGGCCCGAAAGGCGGCCGCUGCGAACGGGACCGCGGUCCAAAAACAGGAUAAAUCUGCGCAACCACCGAGGGCGCAGCCGUGGGUUGAGAAAUACCGUCCAAAGACUCUCGGCGAUGUCACAGCACAAGAUCACACUGUCACGGUCUUGCAGAGAACGCUCCAAGCCUCUAACCUCCCUCACAUGCUCUUCUACGGACCGCCCGGCACGGGAAAGACGUCGACAGUCCUGGCCUUGGCCAAGGAGCUCUACGGUCCGGAAAUGAUGAAGUCGCGAGUGCUCGAGCUCAAUGCCUCCGAUGAACGUGGAAUAUCCAUCGUCCGUGAGAAGGUGAAGGACUUUGCUCGCAUGCAGUUGACGAACCCGACGAACGAUUACAAGAAGCGAUAUCCUUGUCCGCCCUUCAAGAUCAUCAUUCUCGACGAGGCCGAUUCGAUGACCCAGGAUGCGCAGAGCGCCCUUCGCCGAACCAUGGAGACAUACAGCAAAAUCACGCGGUUCUGCCUCAUCUGCAAUUAUGUCACGCGUAUCAUCGACCCUCUUGCCAGUCGUUGCAGCAAGUUUCGCUUCAAGAGCUUAGAUCAGGGCAACGCCAAGAAGAGACUUGAGGACAUUGCCGAGAACGAGGGCGUGCAGCUGGAAGACGGCGCCCUAGAUGCACUCAUCAAGUGUAGCGAGGGUGACUUGCGAAAAGCCAUCACAUUCCUACAAAGCGCAGCGCGACUCGUGGGUGCUGGCGAUAAGGACGCCUCCAGGGACGACGCCAUGGAUAUCGACAAGAAGCCUGUCACGGUCAAGAUCAUCGAGGAUAUUGCUGGCGUCAUCCCCGAGAACACCAUCGACGAGCUCGUCAGUUCCAUACGUCCGCAGGGACCUGGCGAUACAUACCAGAACGUGGCAAAGGUGGUUGAAAACAUGGUUGCCGAUGGCUGGAGUGCCGGACAGGUCGUUACUCAGCUCUACCAAGCCAUCGUCUACGACGAGACGGUUCCCGAUGUUCAGAAAAACAAAAUCGUUCUCAUCUUCUCCGAGGUUGACAAGAGACUUGUCGAUGGCGCGGACGAGCACUUGUCCAUCCUUGAUCUUGCUUUGAGGAUAUCAGGGGUCAUGAGUGGCCGGAGCAACAACUAA